AUGUCUUUCCAAUCCCCUAUCUCCAAAUGCAGAACCACCAUACCAGGGCUGGGUACACUGGAUGGUCUGCAAUACGCAAAUGGUGUACAACAAUUCUGUGGCAUUCCUUACGCGAGUUUACCGAAACGCUGGACACGAUCGACUUUGAGAACAUUUUGGUACGAUGACCAUCAUGAUGGAACAAAGUUAGGCAAUGACUGCCCCAUGCCAGGCCUGAUCGAUGGCGAUAAUUCCAAUGACCUUGUUCCCGUUCCUCCGGCUGCACAUUUACCGUGGCCUCCGCCCGUAGACGAGCUUUCCGGCUUGGUCAUGAAUAUCGUUAUCCCGCGCGCCUUCGACACAGCCAGCAACCGUCUCCCUGUCUUCGUUUACGUACAUGGUGGUUCUCUGCUAUACGGCGGUGCAAAUCUUCCAAUAUUCGAUGCCGUCAACUUGGUGUCACGAAGUAUUGAGAUCGAGCUUCCCAUCAUUUGCGUCAACUUCAACUAUCGAAUCGGUAUCGGCGGGUUUCUCGCCGGCGAAGCUGUUGCGCAUGAAUUGAAACAGGACGGCUAUGCAGGAAGUGGCAACUUUGGCUUCACAGAUCAAAAGGUUGCCUUUGACUGGGUCCAGAAGUAUAUUGGGUAUCUUGGAGGUGAUCCUAACAAGGUGACUGCAGUGGGCGAGUCCGCAGGAGGCAUUUCUAUCAGUAAUCAGCUCCAAGCAGCGCAGCCGGCCAUCUUUCACCGUGCUGUGUGCAUGUCGGGACUAUCUGCAGCAAUCCCCCCAUGGACUAUGCAGCAGCAUGAUAUCUUUUUUACCGCUGUAUGUCGCCAUUUCAACAUCGAUCCGGCAGCUGCCAAUGUACUGGACCAACUGCGUGCUAUUCCUCAGCAGGAUCUUGCGGACGCAACUCCCGAUAUUCAGGGUGUCCCUGCAGGAACCGGAAAUCCGUGCCUUGACGGCUGGUUUUAUCUUCCCGACGCGGACCCCCGGGGUAUCACCGCGCCUCCAGACUGGUUGGAGGGGUAUAUGUUUGGUGAUGUCUACCACGAAGGCAUAAUUUUCCAUGUGAACCUGCUGGAAGAUGACUAUCACUCAAUUCGGCGUGUUAUUCAUGCUCAUAUCGAAGAUGAUUCCUUGACUGAUCAGAUCCUCAAUGCGUAUGAAAUUACUGCCGACCUCCCACGGCCAGAGUUCCUCGAGAGAGUAGAACACAUGUGUGGUGACUUCGGCUUCAAGAUUCUCAAUUAUGCCUUGGCAAAGGAGUGUGCCAAACAUGCAGCGUCGACUGGAAGAUCCCCGUUCUUGUAUCAUUUUGACCAACGAUCCCGUCUUCCCAACUCACUGGAGGGGACAGCAUAUCAUGCAUAUGAGUUGCUGUACUUGUUUGGUAAUCUGGAAGGAGAGAUGAAUGGAGAUGAAAAAAAGAUAGCACGGAAGUUUUCUACGGCUUGGAUUAAGUUUGCAAACGGGGCUGAGCCUUGGAGGGCAGACGAAACACCAUCUUGGAUGGUCUGGGGACCGAAUGGCAAAAUUGAGUUGAAGACUGAGGGCGAAGAUCAAGGUGUCCGGAACUACACUCGAAUGAAUAUGAUCCUCCAACUUGAUGAUGGCAAGGCUUGGCGAAAGGGCCUGGCUGGAAUUGACUCACUGGUCAAUAGACGGUGGAAAUUGUGGUAG